UUUUAAAGUUCGGAGAUGAAUGAUAAGUCGAUAAUUAAGCAGUUUAUUCUUUCUAUGACUAAACAUGAUAGAUGUUGAAAAAAUGCUAUGAAACAAUUCGAAGAAUGAGUCAUACGUGUUGGAGAGCGUCAAACCCGUUCUGGCUACGACAGACAUUCAUUCAGACUCGUUCAAACGAAACUGGAAUAUCGGAUAAAAGAAGUUUCACGAGUUGAGAGUCACGAUUGCAGGACCGUAUCAGGCGGAACAGGUGCACUACAAGAAAGUGACCAAUCGAAACGACGAUGGGCAGCUCGUCAUACUACAGACGUCAUCGUAUACAAAGAGUACGGUGGUGAGGGGAGCGAAUACAAAGCGGUGAGGACUGUCAAGAGUCGAGACACCUCGCCCACAAAAACCAGAUGCAGAUGCGACCGGGCGGUGAACACGUGCGAACUUCUUUUUUUUUUUAUGACGGGCGCGCGAACACGCGGGUGCAAUGUUUAAAAAAUUGUCGCGGAGCGACGCUCUCGAGGACAUAUCCAAUUGGAGCACCAAUGAUGUGUUGCGGCUGCUUCGAAAGAACGGCCUAGAAGAAUGUUGCAAAGCUAUCGCGAAACGACAGAUCGAUGGGGAUGAACUGCUGCACUUGACCGAAGGGAAGCUGUCGUUGUGGAAGAGUGACCUCACGCGUCCGUUGAUAUGGAGCCUCUGGGCAUUCGUAGAGGAAGUGAGGAAAACACCGGAGAAAUUCGUGGAGGAGAAGAUCGUGAAGUUUCAAACGCACGAAGAACCCUUAAGCGACACUGGCUCGUGGGGGACUGAUUUCGAAGAUGAAGUAAACGAAGAGCAUCCGUCCGUAUCCGAAACUCGACUGAAUCCCGGAUACAAACACAAAACGCCUGAGAACAACGUGAACUUCAUGCAACAGAAUGUAUUACCGGAAGAGGACGAAGGAACUUACGCCAAUUGCGGGCCUAUACAGAAUGACGAGAAUACUUAUAUGAAUUGUCAAGAAUCGAAAAGUGUUCCACCAAAAAAUGUGUCCAGAUUACAUGGCCAGAGCGAAAAGUCGUUGGCUGAACAGCUUAAAGAACAAUUGAAAUUUCGUAAUACGAACAAACCGAUGACUAGGCCGAAACCGGAGGCAUUACAAGCGAAGAACGUCGAUGAUUCGUCUUCGAAUCGUUCUCAACCGCAGAAAUCAUUUCUCUAUAAAGUCAGAUCGAAUGCAUCCAAUCAGAUCCAAAAGAGAAUGACGAUACCCCCACCACCCGAGCCAAAAAAGAACAAAGAUCUGGUAAUUAUUGACAAGCCGAACAAGGAACAAAUGAAACCUCCGACAACACUCAGAAGUCUCGACUUGGUAGCCAAUUUACCAACAAAAACGGAGGAAAGUGAAGACGAAUACGAGCCGUUCGAUGAACAGUUGAUUGAACAAAAUCAGAAGAGGAAUAUAUUACGAGCGGACAGUAAACAGUCGUUGACCAGCGGUCAUCAGAGUUCCGUCGAGAGCGUUUAUCAGCCGCCAAGUAUUACGAGUUACGAGGAGGAAGAGGAACCCUACGAGAUUUACGAGUCAAUAACGGAAGUGCCAGAUAAUGAUGGGUACUAUUUAAGUCCCAUUCAAAGGCCGAUUAAUAAAUCGACGCCUCCACCACUACCAGCGAAGCUUCCACAGUCGUCCACUACCCCCUCCCCGGUUCUGAAUCGAACAGAUUUGGAAAAGUCAAAGGAGCGAUCUCCUGAUAAAAAAUCAGCGACUCUACCCCAUUCGAACAGUAAUACCUCUUUGGUAUCGGAAAGAGCUACGAGACCGUUACCACCGCCGCCUGAGAGGCAAUCCUACAAUGAUAAACCUUGGUUCCACAAUAUUACGAGGGAACAAGCAACGGCUCUUAUUAAAGAACAAAGUACUUACGGUAAUCCCCAAGACGGAUAUUUUCUUCUGAGGCCGUCUACGACGAAUGUGAAUAAUCCACUGGCCUUGGUUCUCUGGUUCAACGAUAAAGUGUACAAUGUUCCAGUCAGGAAGCGGCCUGACAACAGGUACGCGUUGGGUUCGGCAAAAGUGAACGAACAAUCGUUCUCGAGCGUCGAAGAGAUCGUCGCGUUUUACAUGAAAGAGGAACUGGUGCUUCACAGCGGAGGCAUGGAAAUGGGAAGCACGAGAUUAACGGACACACCGCCAAAAUAAACUUUUCGAAGUUCUCACAAACCAGCUUGCACUAUGCAAACACUGCCUGACACAGAAUUUCGAAAAAGAUCGGAGCUGAAGGGACGGCGUGCAGUCAAUUGCACAGAACGAAGUGCCUUUUGUACUCGUGAUAAGUCCAAAAUCGACUUUAUAUAUUUUUUAUAAGACUCCAAUGCAUUUAUACAAAUUAUAAUAAGCGCAAGUGUGAAGUAUUUAUUCUAAAAAAGAAAAAGACAGAAGGAAGACGGAUCUCUCGCGCCAGUGCGUGUAUAUUUCUAUAGAACGUUUACGAGUGUAAUUUUAAUUAAUAUUGAAUCUGCGAAUUUGAAUGUAAGAAUGCACACAUUGAUUUCUGAUCAGGGAAGGAACAGUCGUGUUUUUAAUUUACUUCUUUCGUAUGUUCGAUUCAUAGGUUUUCUUAAGAUAACACAUAAUGUACAUUAUGCGUAUGUAAAUAAGACACUUAUAUUUAGAAUAGACCUAACUACAGCCAACAAUAUUUUAUAUCGCGAUCUAUUUCAUUUAUUAUGAUUUUAUAGUUACAUAAGUAUUUCCUAUCGUGAUUGCAUACGAAUAAAAAUAUUAAUUUCUAAUGCGAGUGUUAAAAAUUGAAUGAAGUGCUGAAAUAAAAAAUAAGUUGUACAGAUAAAAGUAUGAAUCCAGAUCACUAAUUUUUGGUCAUCAUCAGAAGUUAAGGAAAAGGAAAGUGUAAGUGCCAUACUUGAGGAAAAUAUAAGUGACCUUACGCACGACAUACGAACAUUCUAUUUUCGAUUGUAUAAAUUUGUAAUAAGUUGUAACAAGAAUAAAUAGUUACUUAAAAAAGGGA